UCCUUCUCAAACUUUCCUCCAGCUUUACUUCAUAUAAUUUCCUCUCUCUCUCUCUCAAGCUUUCUCUCUUGAUUCAGUCUGAUCCCGCCUUCUCCGGCAUUGGCGACGCCGAACUCCGGCUCCUGCAUUUGGUCUUUCCAUUUUUGUUAGAUUAAUUGAGAGCGAUAAUGACGGCGGAGGAGGUGACGGUGGUGCAUGUGGCGGAGGAGGAGGUGGCAUCGUCUUCAUCCAAGGUUGAGAUUGUGGUGGAGAAAGAUAAGGAGGAGGAGAAGGAGAAGGAAAAGGACGAUCUUUCCAAUGGCGCCAAUGGGAGUACUGUUAAGGAAGAAGGUGACGGUGACGGUUACGUUUUCGUUAACGGAGACGAAGCAGUGCAUGGCGACUCAGUGGAGUCGGAUCUUGAGAAAAACGGCAUUGGCAUUGGUGGCGAAGAUCAGGGAGUUGAGAAUUUGGAGAUUAAAGGAGAAGUGGAAUCUAAAUCUGAUUUGGUUAAGGAUUUGGAAGGAGAGGAUGGAUCUUGUAUUGGAAUUCUGGAUCAGGACAAGGAAUCAACGGAAUUGUGCCACGUGGAGGGUCCUGUUGUCGAAGACAAACCGGAGGAUCUUUUUGAGAGUGGUCCUGUUUCUGCUACUAAUGUAGAAGAUGGUGUUUCGGAAACUUCCAGGGCUAAUCAGAAUGGAGUCUCUGAAUCGCCUGAAAUUGUUUCUGAUAGUAAUGGAGAUGGUUCAGCUAAUGGUGUUGCUAAACAAACUGUUUCAGAAGCUGCUGCUGUUGAUUCCAGUGGUAAACAGAGUGAUGAGGUUUCUUCUGUCUCUGUCUCUGAUAGUUAUGGAGGUAGUUUGGCUAAUGACAGUGUUGUCGAUUCCAGGUCAAAAGUAAAUGAGGACUCUGAAACGGCUGUAGCCGAUGAUGGUGAUAGUAAUGGAGGUAGUUUGGCUAAUGAUAGUUUCAAAGACAGUGUUGUCGAUUCCAGGUCAAAAGAUGAUAAGGACUCUGAAACGGCUGUACCUGAUGAUGGUGAUAGCAGUGGAGAUGCUUUAGCUACUGAUAGCGCCAAGGACACUGUUUCUGAAGGUGCUGUUGGUUCCGAUCAUGAACAGAAUGGGGUUUCUGAAUUGCCUGUAUCUGAUGAUGGGGUUCCUCCUGUCUCUGUCUCUGACAGUAAUGGGGAUGCUUUUCCUAAUGAUAGUGCCAAAGACACUGUUUCAGAAGCUGUUGUUACUGAUUCCGGGGCUGAACAGAAUGAUGGUGUUCCUGUCUCUGUCUCUGAUAGUAACGGGAAUUGUUUACCUGCUGAUAGUGUGGAAGAUACUGUUUCAGAAGUUUCCAAGCCUGAACAGAAUGAUGGUGUUCCUGUCUCUGUCUCUGAUUCUAACGGGGAUUGUUUACCUGCUGAAAGUGUGGAGGAUACUGUUUCAGAAGUUUCCAAGCCUGAACAGAAUGAGUCCUCUAACAUAGUUGAGGCUGAAGCUGAUUGUCAUGGUCCUGUCUCUAAUGGUAAUGGAGACAGGACUGAACAAAAUGGGUUCUCUGAAAUGCCUGAAACCGUGCACCCAGACAAUGAACCGGUUAAAAGUGAGGAAGAUUUAACAGCUAGGGAUGAGGUUCCUGUGCAAGGUGGGUUGGACUUGGAAGGUAAUUCUGAACAAGGUUUGUCUCCAAAGGCUGAUGCUGAUUUAGAAAAAGAUGCUGUUAGCGGUUCCAUUUCUGAUGAACGUGGAGAGGCCUUGCAGGAUGAUCACACUCAGGGUUUCUAUUCAGAGACAGUUGUGAUUAACGACUCAGUUGAUUCAAGUCAAAACUCACAACAAGGUCAGUCUUCUGAAAUCGUAGAAAGCACACCCUCCCCUGUUACAGAUGAGAAUGUAACUGUUGAAAGGGGUUCUAGUGAUACAACAGCUGAUUCAAAUAUUGGCACUGGGGCUUCUGCUGAUUUUGUGGAAAGAUCUCCCUCCACAGUUACACUCGAAAAUGUAACAGUUGAAAGUGGUGUUGUUGAUAAUACGGCUGAAACAUUACCAUCUUCUACUGUUGAUGAUGAGAAAGCUGAAACUGAAGUCGUAAAGUCUGUUGAUGAUGAGAAGGCAGAAACUGAAGUCAUAAAGUCAGAUGAGAAUAGCAGAGGGGGUUCAGAUUCCCAUCAUGUUGUGGAUUCAGAGGUAGAAAUUAAUGUUGUGAAUGGUUCUGUUGAUGAUGAUACUAAGUUAAGUUGCCUAGCCAAUGGUUUGAAAUCAGAAACAAAGAUCAAUUCUGAUUCUAUUGUCUCUGAAGAGGCUGGGGUUUCAACAGAGCUUGCUGAAGAUAGCAUUGAGCCCCACAAUGUUGGUGAUAAAGAUGAAAAAUUGGCUGUGGCUGAUGUUCAAAGGGAUAGUAGUCUGGCUGCUCCUCUAGGUAAUGAUGGGAAAGCACCUCCUGCAGUUGAAAAUUUCUCUGCUGUGAGUAACAGGGAUAUUACUGGCAAUGAUGGCAUUGUACAUGAAUCUGGAGUAUCGAAUAGUGAUACUAAUGGUAGUGAACAAAAUUGUGCUGUCAUAAAUGAAGGAACUCAAUCUGGUAGUGUUGCUAAUGAUGGUAAAACAUGCAAAGAACAAGAGGGCAUUGAUGAGGUUGAAAGAAAAAGGCCAUUUUACUUCUUGAUCAGGAUCCCAAGAUAUGAUGACGAAGAUUUAAAAGAAAAAAUCAGACUUGCUCAGAUUAGAGUUGAUGAAAAAACUCAAAGUCGGGAUGCAAUUCGAAUUGAAAUGCAAAGCAAGAGGGCCACUUGCAAGGAAUAUGGUGAUAAUUUUGAUGCUGCCAGAUCCCAAGAGAGAGCAGCAAGAGACUUGCUUAGGUCCAAACGCCAGGAAAUAGAUUCUAUUCAGUCUGUGAUUAACAUUGAUGAUAUUGAUGGCAGGAUACGAAACAUGGAACACAUGAUACAACAUGAAACGCUGCCUCUUAAGGAAGAAAAGCAGUUAGUUCGUGAAAUCAACCAAUUAAAGCAAGUUCGUGACCAGCUCUCUUCUAAUAGGGGUAGGCAUGAUGAAGUUCAGCAGGGUUCGGACCAGAAAGAAGAAAUUGAAAAGCGCCUGAAGUCUUUAAAGAAGGAAGUAGACCAAUUAAAAGACAAUCUCCUGAAGGCUGAGGCAGUCACUAAGGUUGCUAAGAAAAAAUAUUAUGAUGAAACUGAAAAGUUAAACAAGUUGCUGUCCCAGUUCAAAGCUGCAGAUGACAUUCGACAAGAAGCAUAUGCACAGUUGCAGGGUUUGAAGAAACUAUCAUAUGAGAAGAGCAAAUAUUUUUGGCAGUACAGGGAUGAUGCAAAGACAGCGAAUGAUUUGGCUUUGAAAGGGGAUAAAGAGGCACUUCAAAAUCUGUGUGUUAACCAGGUGGAGAGAGUUAUGGACUUAUGGAACAACAAUGAUGAAUUCCGUAAAGAAUAUAUGAGAUGCAAUGUCAGGAGCACACUAAGAAGACUGAGGACAAUGGAUGGCCGUGCACUUGGUCCUGAUGAAGAGCCACCUGUAAUUCCUCAAGUAGUGAAUGGAAGAGUGGCUAAGGAUCAUACUGUGUCCAGCUCAACUUUGGAAGAACGAAUACAAGAGAAACCAGUGCUUGCAAAAGCUGAAAAGACAAAUGAUAAACCUGUGACAAAGGCUGUGGAGCAAAAGAAUCAGACAAGUAAAUCAGAGAAGUCUGUGAAAUCUGUUCAUCCAGUAAGUGGCUCAACAACUGCCUCUUCCAGGGAUGAAAUUGAAGAGGCAAGAGACGAAAAACCAAAGAGAGCAAAGGAGGAAGAGGAAUUGGCUAGGAAGGAAGAGGACUUGAGAAAGGAAGAGGAAGCAGCUAAACUGAGGGAGCAACGUCGGUUGGAGGAGAUAGCUAAAGCUAAGGAGGCACUGGAGAGGAAGAGGCGAAUUGCAGAGAAGGCCCAAGCCAGGGCUGCCCUAAGAGCUCAAAAAGAAGCUGAACAGAAAGAGAAGGAAAGAGAAAAGAGGGCAAGGAAGAAGGAAAAAAGAAAGGUGGCUACAGCUGCAGCAGGGGAUGCAAAUGCCACAGAUGAAGUCGAACCUGCUCCAGCUUCUGAAACUCCCACUGAAACUCAAAAAGAAUCUGAAAACAAAGAGAAACUGGUGAUUGUGGCAAAAAGGCCUCAAAAGCCAUCGCAGUUCACAAAGCAGAGCAAGGCAAAAUCUAUUCCCCCUCCUCUCCGCAACCGGGGCAAGAGAAGGAUGCAGCCAUGGAUGUGGGUCCUUCUCACCACCUUGGUUAUCUUCGCCUUGUUGUUGGUCGGAAACGGUAACUUCUUUUCCAACUUUGGGCUGCAAAGGUUUUACUUCUAGAUCUAUUAAUAUUGGCUUAAUAAGUAGGGUAAUCAACAGAGGCUUGGUGGAUAUUUUCCAUAGAUAGGCAAUUCUUUUGUGCUCUUCUCAGGGUGUUCUUUAUUGUUAUUAUUAUUAUUAUUUCUUAUUUUUUUUCCCCUACUUUGUAUUCAAUUACCAUAGUGGCCGUUCACGUCAUUCAUUAGAUUGGUUUCUGUCAAAUGCUAAUAUGAAAGAACAAUUUCCCCUGGUAUUGCUUCAAGUUGGUAUUGAUGAUGAUGCUCUAUAUAAUAAGUAAUAUUGGUUUCCUUA